AUGUCGAAAAACCAUGCGAAAACGUUCCGAAGCAAGUCGUCGGAUCACGUGCCCGUCGUUCCGACGAUGGUCAGCUCGAAUGCGGUGGGAGUGAAGAGGAUCCAUGUCUACCGAAAUGCUGACCUCUUUUUUCAAGGAAUCCAGGUUAGUUGAUGGGUUGAAAUGUGUUUUUUUUAAAACUUGAGCUCUAGUACUGCAUUUUUGUAUUUGACAACUUUUUUGUACGACUACUCUCUCGAGUACUGUAGCGCUUGGAAGUUGGGAAGCAUUGCAAAACUUGCCGAACUUCAAAGAGCUACAGUACGCCAGAAAGUGAUUGCACAGAAAAAUGAUCAACUACAAAAUUAAAGUGCUUGUCUAGUACUGUAUUUUUGUAAUUGACAACUUUUUUAUGCGACCACUCUCUGGAGUACUGUAGUUCCUGGAAGUUGGGACAAGUUUAGUGCAUUGAAAUUGUGUCCUAACUUCAGGGAGUGGUCCUAGGAAAAAGGGAUCAACUGCAAAAAUGUAGUACUAAAUGCCAAGAUUUUGUAAAAUCGUUUUUGGGAGCGAUUGGAGUUCUUCUAAGCCUACAGUAUCCCGAAAUUGCAGGUGGUGAUAAACACGCAUCGAGUGCCGUCGAUCAACGUGCUUCUGGAUGUGAUCAGCGAGAGGGUCGGCCUAAUAAACGGUGCCAAGAAGUUGUACACGAUGAGCGGAAUCCUUGUGAAGGAUGUGAGCAAAAUCAAGGACGGAGAGGUUUGAGAAACGGAUAAUAUUCAUUUUUUCACCAAUAUUCAAUUCAGCGCUACGUGGCUUCUAGCUCUCACUUCACUCCAAUGGCCUACGGCGGACAGGAAGUGGAGAAGAAGAAGAAGAAGAAGGUGAAGAAGCGAUCGAAGACUGUGCAUAGUCGAGAAAGGAAAGAGAGAGAAGAAGAAGAAGAAGAAGAAGUGAGAAUACCGUUCAAUGAGGAGAAGAAUGAGGAGAAGGCCGAGAAGAAGAAGAAGAAGAAGAAGAAGACGUCGACGAAGAAAGCGGCGCAUCAUCACGGAUCACAGGAGACCAUCACGGAUACCGUCGAAGUCGAGUUGCCCAGUGAGAUUGAGGAUUCCGAGGAGGAGGAGGAGGAACAUCACGAGGAUCAUCGGUCUAGAGGUAAGAGCGGACGUGAACAAUAACUACAGUAAUCCUUUUCCAGGCAAGACCCCCGACCGCCGUGCGACUCCGUCCGCCGCAAGUCGGCGGGGAAGUCGAAAGGAUUCGCACGAGAAAGAGGAGCCAAAAACGGAAGAGAAGCGGCGCAAGUCGGUGGGUACUGUAGGUGCUACUGUAGUUGUGUGGUGUGUGGUUGCAAACUGUCUCCCAUUUCGCAACCUCAUCAAUUUCAGCGAGUAUGCACUGUUUCAUAGGAGAAUCGUAUCGCUUUCGUUUCAAGGUACCCGCCGAAAGUGAAGUGCGCUCUACUGAAACAUUUCUGCUUUUGUAAAGUGCGCUCUACUGAACUCGCACCGCUUUUCCUCGUCUGUAGUUCGGUAGAGCGCACUUUCCGCCCUAACUUUUUGGUCCCAAAAAAAGAGCCGAUCCCAUUUCAGCACGUCUCCACAACCCGUCGCAAAUCGCACCAACAACCCAACUGGGGCGAUUUGUCAAGUUUCACCAAAAACAUCGAUUCGCUGCUUCGCAAUUGA